GUUGUCUGUUUGCAUUUUGAUAACUUAUUCAGAUAAUAGACACAUUUCGUGAACAAAGGGCGAGGCCACACAUUGUUCCUGGAACAAGGUGAAGGCUGUGAACACAGAAGCCUAUAAGGUUGUCACACACACCAUUAACCACUGCAGGUAGCAUGGGAGGCUGUUUGAAAUAGCCAAUGAAAACUGCGUCAACAAAAAUGACUAAUUCCCACAUUUUAUUUUCGGUGUAGCCGAGUUAAGAUGAUACAUUUUGUUGUACAUAAUGUGUUUUCCAAAUAAGAAAUCACCGAUUUGUCUGGGACAGGUUCCCUUUUACAGUGAUCAGACCUGUAUCGUAUCCUUAUUUGGGUCAGUCUCCUCGCCAUUAAGCCAUCCCACAAUCUCCAAAACACUCCCUUGAGACAGAAGCCUGAAGACGAGAGGAGUGCAGCCCUGUUACCCCACUGUCUUAUCUGGAAAACUGACCCAAGAUCCUCCAGUAAAUAUAUAUAAAUUGGUUUAUUUGUUGUUGAGGAAAAUCUGCUAAAUUUCACAGUCUAUGGAAAUUAACAAAGCCAUCAGCUCCCUGAUAAGAGCGGUUUGCCUGCUGAUGUUGACUGACUGAGUGCUGGCUGUCCAUUUCCUGGUGGCUGUACUUUUUUUUUUUUACAGGGGACAAUGGAUAAUAGGCCUACCGUCGUAUCAAAGAAAUACGGAGGACACUCAAUUCAACUCAAAAGACUUAUGUUGCUGCUGUUUCUGGCAGGCCUUCAGCCGGCACUGUGUACAGACGGAGAGGAACCUGAACUACAUGACGACAUUGAGAAGGGAGAGGAAAUCAACUGUACAAUCGUUGGUCCGCAUUACGUGACUGUGGGUGUGCCGAGCAGCGUUGCAUGUGACACCGACUGCCAAGAAUGCACCUUUUCUCUGUCUCUGGAUGGACAGAGUGCCCAGGGGCAAGGAAACGUGUUGGCCUUCACCGUCAACAGCUGGAUGGAGGCCCUCACAGUGACGUGUACAGUUGCCAGGGGCGAUACCGGGCCGACCACCACGACAACAAAGCGACUGCAAGUGUUGGCGGGACCCGCCAAUGUUUCCAUCGCAGGCCCCGAUUUGAUGGAUCCAUCUGUGAGCCACACCUACAGUUGCCACUCUUACUGUCGGCCAUCUUGCACCUACUCCUGGAAGAUAGCUAAAGGCCCGUGGAUAAGUGGUCAGGGGAAUGUUAUUUCUAUCACUCCUCAGGAGGCGGACAACUCCAAAAUUCUCCUCUGCAAAGCCAUCAACAGCGUGUCCGGGCUGUUUGUCGCCGCCACUCGAAACAUCGCUGUGAUAUCCGGUCCAUCACAGGUUCAGAUCCAAGGCCCCGACGUGAUCGAAAUAGCGGAAAAGUACAAGUUUGUGUGCACCGCCGAAUGCCUGCCCUCGUGUCGCUACGUGUCGUCUGUGAACAGUCAGACUGUGAGGGGCAACGUGAUCGACAUUACUGUGGAUCACCCGCUGAAAUCGCUCACUCUCAAGUGCGAGGCUCAGAACACGGCUUCGAAGAGGACCGCCACGGCCUUAAAGACGGUGCAAAUAGCACGGUCAGAUCGGAGCCCGUCCACUCGUCCUGAAGAGGCCUCAGCUGUGCUGCUGCUGGCCGCCAUCAUGUCUGCUGCCUUCUCACUGUGACAGAUCGUCCUCGCUGUAAAUGAAUUGGUGAAGAAGAAGGGCUUUCCAACUGUGGUCCACUAUUGACUCGAGGACCGGUAGUUUCAUUCUUCUCCAUUGGCGACAAGUUGACAGGAGGUCGAACCCUGUUUGCACGUUCUCGUGAGAGGCGUUGAUAAGCACUUCAAUAUCCAAGUGUAGACAUGUAAUGAAUUUGUUGACUUUGUAAGAUUCUUGCACAUCGAUACAAUCGAAAUGUUGAUGUCUAUAAAUGAAUAAAAUGCACCGAUGACUUGAACCACA